AUGAUCACAUAUUUUGAAUGCAAUCCUGCGUGCAGUGAGCGAAAUAAAGCCGCCGUCAAUGGAGAUCAGCAUGCAGCAGAAACUGUAGAUUUUGGUGAUUCACCUCCACUGGUUGAGAAUUCUCCAUCAAUAAUGGGUUACGGAGACGUCACCCCACAGAAUGGCAACUUUAAUACAGCAAGAAGAAACUCUACAACAUUGAGUGCUGAUUACGAUAUAGAUAUUGGAUAUUUUACACCUACAUCAGAAGGUGAUAGUACAGAAUUUGGAAAUUCUACGCCAGGAGAUGACGAUUCCGUUCUCUUCAUUCCUUUAAUCAAUCCUGCACAAGGAAGUAUGUCUAUGGUAUUGAAAGUAUUUGAAAUGGGAUCCAUUAAGACUCUAAUUGUAUGGGAAAACUUGGAUAUUAGCAGGGUUAGUGUUGUUCUUGUUUCUAACUUUGUCGCCGCAACUGGGGUCGUUGAUGUUGGUGUUCUUGUCGCCUGUUUGGGUGAUAUUCCUCCAGAGAGAUACAUGAUUAAGUUAAGAAUAGGAGUUUCAGUAAAAGAAGGUUUUAAUGAAUUUGUCAAGGUAGAAAAUAAUUCUGGUAGUCACUCGGGAUAUAAAGUCACUGGUUACUGCAUAGAUGUGUUUAAAGCUGCAUUAGAUGAGCUGCCAUACGAUGUUCCCUAUGAUCUCAUUCCUUUUCAGGAUAGCACAGGCAAAGCUGGAAGUUACGAUGAUCUUGUGUACCAAGUGAAUGCUCAGAAUUAUGAUGCCGCAGUUGGAGAUAUGACUAUUACAGCCAGUCGAUCAGAGUUGGUUGAUUUUACGUUGCCCUAUGCGGAAGGAGGGGUAUCAAUGGUGGUGCUAGUGAAAAAAGAUAUGAGCAAGGAUACAUGGAUAUACCUCAAGCCAUUGGAGUGGAAGCUCUGGGUAACAACAGGGACCUUCUUUUUUAUCAUUGGUGCUGUCGUUUGGAUUCUCGAACACAGAGUAAAUAGGGAGUUCAGAGGAGGGCCUCAUCCUUUGUAUCAGUGGGGCACCAUGCUCUCUUUCUCCUUCUCAGCACUUGUCUUUGCACAGAAGGAAAGAGUGCUAAGCUCUUUGGGUAGAUUUGUAAUUGCAAUUUGGCUUUUUGUUGUGCUAAUUAUCACACAAAGUUAUACAGCAAAUUUGACAUCCAUGUUAACGAUUCAACGAUCUGAUCCAACCUACACUGAUGUUAAUGAACUUAAGGAUGGUCGGUACAAUGUUGGUUAUCAGGAAGGUUCGUUUGUGUUUGGAAUGCUAAAACAGAUGGAUUUUCAUGAGUCCAAUCUUAUAAUCUUCAAGUCUCCUAAAGAAUUUGACGAUGCUUUCUCGAAUGGUACAAUUGUUGCUGCUUUCGAGGAGCUCCCGUACAUUGAACUCCUCCUUGCUGAAUAUUGCGGUAAAUACAUGAUGGUCGGGGAAAUCCAUCAAAAUGAUGGACUUGGUUUUGUAAGUCUCUUCUUCUCUUUUCAACAAUUCCUAUAGAUUUGAUAUGUCGCAGAUGUCGCUGUAGUACGGUGGUGAAGUGUUGGAAACUCGUCAGCAUGCAUCUAUUGUCAUUGAUCUUGGUUUGGCACUAGUGGCCUCGAACUUGCAUGAAUACUCUUUUGUUCAAAGGUUUUCCCAAAAGGUUCUCCCUUGGCUCCUGAUAUUUCAAGAAAAAUCUUGAGCAUAAGAGAGGCAGGUAAAACGAAAAAGCUUAAACGAGCUUCGUUCAAGACUGAAAGAUCUUGUUCAGACAGGGACCCCUUCGCUUCAUCAAAUAGUCUUACUCUCAGUAGCUUUUGGGUCCUUUUCCAGAUAACAGGACUCUGUGCAGCAUUCGCAGUAAUUGUUUUCUUAUGCGAAAACAAACAAAUCCUGAACGAGCCAAAUUCUACAACCUGGGAAAAAAUCAUCCAUCUGCUUACAAAGUUCUACGAAUAUGACGAGAAUCGCAUGAUCACAUAUUUUGAAUGCAAUCCUGCGUGCAGUGAGCGAAAUAAAGCCGCCGUCAAUGGAGAUCAGCAUGCAGCAGAAACUGUAGAUUUUGGUGAUUCACCUCCACUGGUUGAGAAUUCUCCAUCAAUAAUGGGUUACGGAGACGUCACCCCACAGAAUGGCAACUUUAAUACAGCAAGAAGAAACUCUACAACAUUGAGUGCUGAUUACGAUAUAGAUAUUGGAUAUUUUACACCUACAUCAGAAGGUGAUAGUACAGAAUUUGGAAAUUCUACGCCAGGAGAUGACGAUUCCGUGUCAGGCGUUAGAAACUCAACUUUACACAUUUUAAUGACACAGCAAGUUCAUAGGGAUUUUGAGGAACAUUAAUCUUUAGAUUUUAUACCUAUCUGCACGGAGUUUGGAUUUAAUUUUAAUUCUUCGAAAUUGUUUAUGUCAAAAAUGUCUGUAGAUUUACUGAUUUCAGUUGUGCAGUGUAAUUUUUUUAAUUGUUGAAAUGAUUAUUAUCUUAACUUUUCUAGUC